ACCGCGGUGUUUAAAGAAAUCCGACUCCAUUCAAAAAUCUACGUGUUUAUGAUGCGACGGGAGACGCAUGUUAGUGACGUAAGUUUGCGGAAACUUUUAUUUCCCAAAAGAUGGACUGCAAUGAAGCGCUUCUUAAAUGCCUUCGUCCGUGUUGUUACAGUGUUGUGUCAUGCAGACGGAAUAAGACAAAAAGUACUUUAUUGACAAGGUUGCAAUUUAAAUGAGUUAUUCUUACGGUCACUUACAUGAUCUCGGUUUCUCGGUCAUGAUCGUUAUUUCUCUCGUGAAUAUUGGAAGGAAUUAUGGAAUUGAGGAAUUGUGUAGCUGUAAUCUGACACAAGUGUAACAUAUUCACUAACAAUUGCAAUUUCUUUAUCAAGAGGCGCUGUCUUUUUCUCAACACCCAAGCAGCCGAAACGCUUAAGAUUGUCCCAAUUGACUUCCCGUAUGUUGUAUCUCGGAAGCGUCUACUGUUCGCGGAAUCAACAGGAAGCGAUAGCCCAACGUCAUUUGGCACGUUACAUUAGAGCUUGAUGUUGAAUUGUUUAUUAGCUGCCAAAACAACCGCCAACUAAAGAUACAUUAAAUGAAGGUUAACGGUGAUCACAUUAUGUUUCCGAUGAUGGCUUAUCGCAUGAGUUGGAACCAGGCUUUAACUCGGAUUCUUAACUAGUGCGGUAAGCUAGUUGGCUAACGUUAAUGCUGACAUUUCAAGCCUCCCCAACAUUGGGCUUUGUUUAGUGGAAGUAAACCAACGGUAAAUGUGGACCGACCAACAUACGCGCAAGACUGGGUUAUCGCUACCUGGACUGAAAACUACUGGGAACGACGAGGGCACGUCCAACUGUAGGAGACCGCCGUUAGCUUUGCUCAUCCUCUGGCCAUCCGCUGCAUUCUUAUACAGUCGGAAAUCGUUUCUUUUCCCACGGUAAUUCAACAUCUUUGCCAUAAUGGCCGAAACAAUAGUAACGUUUCAGUCCCAACUCUCUGGUGUCAUGGAAACAGUCUUCAAAGCUGCCAUGUAUGAGAUCACGCGGCUGGUGGAGGACAGUUUUUUGGAAGAGGUAACAAGGUGCAGGGAGCAGGUCGAGUCCCUCAAGAGGCGACUGAAGUGGUCGGAGAGUCGCCGUAAAGACCGAGAGGGAGACAGGAGAGGAAAAUGUCUCGACUGUGGAAGAGUAGGGGUGUCCGAUGAGGACAAUCCCAUCGCGACAGAGAAAAGUCUUAAACAGGAGAGCGUGUUGCAAGAGGUAAAUGACUCCCAAAGCGCUGACGGAGGGACGCCCAGUCGUGCAGCGAAAGAGGCCAGACCAGUGGCGCACAGGGCCAUGAUGACAACACAGUCUCCAGGUGCACAGGGUGACAAGCUGAAUAGGCUGCUCAAGGAGGAAGCUCUUCAGAUCACACCAGAAACUGAGUCCCAUGAGAGAUGGGGAGUCAAUUUGGAUGGUUGGUCUCAUAAGGCAUCAGCUCUUCCGGGGCCCAGUAAACGUUCCAUUGACCAGAAAAUCCCAAAGAGUAAUUUGAAUUGGGAAGCUGGCUAUGGCCAGAGGCCAAACUCAGGCCAAGAUGAACACUCUGGUGACGCAUCUGAACCCCUUUUCCAGAGCAGGUAUGGUAUGGAAGAAUUGGGUGGCUUUGGCAAGACUGGCUAUGGAGACUCCCAUAUGAUAGACAUGGAUACCUUGGAUGGGUUGCAAGGAUCACCAUCCCAACUGGGUGAGGAUCUGAGCUACAUGGGGCAUUACGAGGGAGACCUGGAAGCUCCAGAAGGAGCCGAGCAUCAAGAUUAUCAAACAGGUGCUUCACGAAAUAGAGGGGCUGCGGUUGGUUCACCUGCCGGCUCUCCCACAAGGACAAACAUUGAUGUUAGCGGAGAGCUCAGCUGUCUAUUGAUCAAUGAAGAAGGGUAUCUACAGGACCCGAAUAUGUUGUACCCUGAAAAUGUGUCUGGUGAUACAGGCGGCAGGGAGAACUUCAGGGGCCCAGGCAUUCGCGUUGACCCAUCUUUAGACAGCACGGAGGACAUGUAUAGACAGUCGGAUGCGUACAGUGACACCUUAAACCUGGGAGAGAGGCUUCAGCAUCAGGCAGCAGGGAGAGGAGGGAGGAGACAAAACUGUAACCAGUGCUCCAUGUCGUUCCCUGAUUCAGCCUCACUAAAGGCCCACAAGCAGACACAUAAGAGCACCGGACAAGUGCCACCGUACUCCUGCACCCAGUGCGGAAAGACUUUCACUCAAGCCUGCAACCUCAAAGUCCACCAGAGGAUCCAUUCGGGGCAGGGUCUCCACCUCUGCAGCCAUUGUGGGAAAGGUUUCUCUUCUUUCUCUGACCUAAAGACACACAAGUGUGGCCAAACAGGUGACAAACCAUACUGUUGCACUGUAUGCGGGAAUAAGUUCAGCCGUCUCUGGAAUCUUAAGUUGCACCGGAGAAUUCACACUCAAGAAAAACCUCAUCGGUGCACUAUGUGUGAUAAGAGCUUCACAAGGGCGGACAUAUUGAAAGUUCACCAGCGUACCCACACUGGGGAAAGACCAUACUGCUGCACUGUUUGUGGACUCAGCUUCAAACGCCUGGAUCAUCUGAAAUCGCAUCAACGCAAACACAUGACAGAUCUAUAAAGCUAGGGACGUUUUUGGGGAGAAGAGUUUUGGAUAAAAACAUUUAACGUUUUAAUUCCUGAUUCUUUAAUGUUACUUUUCUUCCAAACCCCUUGUUUUUUUUCUCAAAAAAACAUUGUUUCUAUUUAUACAAGACAAAGAUGUCAUACAUUUCCCCCUGUCCUUGUGACUACAUUUCAAAUUUUAAAUAAAAUUCCCAAAAGUAUAUCUGUUUGUUGUCUUUAAGAAUUACAUUUUUAUAGCCAAGUCGUGUGUAAGAUUUAGUGGUAUCUUGUUGGGAUUUUAGCGGUUUGCAACUUAAAACCCCCCAGCUCACCAUUUUUCUAAAAAAAGGGCUCUCUUUAUAAUCCAUAUCUGCCAUUCAAUCUUUUUUAAUCAUACUCUGUUCCUUUAUUCAAUGAAACUGAGAAAUUUUACUCCAAUAACAUGCUACUGUAAACAGGGUAGCAUAGAGUUAAGGUGAGAGGGACAAGAUGUAUUGUGCAAAGGGAAUAGAAAAAACCCUGUUGAUGUAAAUGAUGAGUGUGGCAGUGGAGACACAUAACAAGGCAAAUCCUGGAAUCAAUCAUCCAAGUGACAUGGUAGUGGUUUCUUCCUAUUUAUAACGGGACCCCCCUUUACUCAACCAUUCAAGCAAGAGCGAAGGCCGUGGAUAGUUUUCAACGGUGGCUCUAACGGGUGUCAGAGAGGUAGUAUCUCUGCCCUCAUAUCAGAAAACCACAAAAGUUUUCAUUGAUGUUUAAAACAUUCUAGACUUGUAAGUGUGAUGCCUCAUCCAAAAAACUGUUCAGGACUUGAACUUCUGUAGCUGGGGUUUAACAGUGUAGAGUCACAUUUUUUUCCCAAAGGUUUGCAUGGUGUGCAUGAUUCAAAACAUAACUUCUGAUAUUUGGCCAGUAACGUUAAAUAAAAAAGUAAUCAUUUGCCUAAAUUGUUUUUGGUAACAAGGAGGAACAAUUGAAAAUCUGUUUUUCUGGUCCACAUAUCUGGAACAAAGUCCCAGAGAAUCUGCUGCUUUAAAUCCAAAUUAAAGAUGCUUCUGUUGCCUCCUGCCUUAAUGUGACCAUUUUGGAGUUUUGGUAGACAAAUUAUGUCCUAUUUUUAUGUUCUUAAGUUUUUUAUAUUC